UCUCUCUGUCUCUCUUUCUCUCUCUCUCUGUCUCUCUUUGUCUCUGUCUCUCUCUCUCUCUCUCUCUCUCUCAGGUAGCUACAUCACUACUGUCGGAGUGGAUUUCAAGAUUCGGACGGUCGGUGUUAAUGGGGAGAAGGUGAAGCUGCAGAUCUGGGAAACCGCUGGGCAAGAACGAUUCUGUACAACCACGUCUACGGUUGAGGAGCCGUUGUUGUGGACGGAGAGAUGGGGACGUGAGCAGCCAUUGAGGGCAAUCAGGGUGCCGUUGAGCCUCCCCCCCCCCCCCCCAUCUGCUCGGUGUGUGGGCUGAGCUUCGAGAGACUGAGCAACAGUGGACGACAACACAUGGCGUGGCACAACAAGGAGAAGCGUUAUGAGUGCGACGUGUGUGGCAAGGCCUGGCAGAGUCCGAGUCGGCUGGAGACCCACCGGAGGGUGCACACUGGAGAACGCCCCUUUGACUGCUCUGACUGCGGCAAGAGCUUUACCCAGUUGUCAGGGCUGCAGGUGCACCGGCGGGUGCACACGGGAGAACGCCCCUUCAUCUGCUCCGACUGCGGCAAAGGCUUUAAGUCGUCGCCGGACCUGAAGGUGCACAGGCGCCUGCACACCGGCGAGAAGCCCUAUGACUGCUCCACUUGCGGCAAGAGCUUUGCCCGGUUGUCGGGUUUGCAGGAGCACCGGCGGGUGCAUAGCAGUGAGCGGCCCUUCACCUGCUCCGACUGCGGCAAAGGCUUCAAGUCGGCGCCGGACCUGAAGCAGCACAGGCGCCUACACACCGGGGAGCGGCCCUACGCCUGCACCGACUGCGGAAAGGGCUUCACUUGCUCCACCAGGCUGCUGGAGCACCAGCGGGUGCACACCGGUGACCGUCCCUUCCCCAGGCCCUUCGGUUGCUCCGACUGCAGCAAGAGCUUCCAGAGGGCGCAACAGCUGAAGAUCCACCUGCGGGUGCACACAGGCGAGAAGCCCUAUGGCUGCUCCACCUGCGGCAAGAGCUUUACCCAGUUGUCGGGGCUGUGGCUGCACCAGCGGGUGCACAGCAGUGAGCGGCCCUUCACCUGCUCCGACUGCGGCAAAGGCUUCAAGUCGUCCACGAACCUGAAGGGGCACAGGCGCCUGCACACCGGCGAGCGGCCCUACACCUGCAGCGACUGCGGCAAGGGCUUCACCUGCUCCAGCGGCCUGCUGGAGCACCAGCGCACCCACACCGGCGAGCGCCCCUACACCUGCGCCCAGUGCGGCAAGGGCUUCACCCAGUCCAGCAUCCUGCUGCAGCACCAGCGCACCCACACCGGCGAGCGCCCCUAUACCUGCACCCAGUGCGGCAAGGGCUUCACCCAGUCCAGCAACCUGUUGUACCACCAGCAGGUGCACGCCGGCAACCGUCCCUUCCCCAGCCUGGUGUGUGGAGAGCGCUUUGCCAAGGCCUCCCAUGCCCUGUCUCACCAGCGCGUGCACACCAGUGGCCAGCCCUACGACUGCCCGUACUGCGGUGAGGCGUUUGACAGAUUGCGGGGAUUGCGGCAGCACCGACGGGCCCACGCUGACGAGCGGCUGCUCCCACUGCAGCAAGCCUUUCAAGGGCGUACGGGGUCUGCGGGAGCACUAGCGGAUACACACCAGAGAGAGACCCUUUGUGUGUGCUGAGUGUGGCAAGGGUUUCACCCGCAUAUCCAGCCUGUGGCAGCACUGGCGUGCCCGCAGGGGUGAGACACCAUAAAAUAUGGAUCCCUUCACUUAUCAGAAUUGCUUAACCCUUGUCAGCUGAACUCUACAGGCUUUGAUUGGCGCCAGCCAGUCGAGCCUCAGACUGGUAUGCAGGAUGGUGAGGGGUCCAGGUGUUCUGCCUGUUUCUCUUAAAUUGAUAAAAUGUAUAGCAGUUUUGCAAACGAACCGUAAAUGCAUCAUUCUGAUUGGAUCGCUGCAAAAGCAAUGUGAGUGGUAUAAAUAACGUUGCAAGACAGUCAUCCUGUUAAUUGGUCGAACUGUUGAUCCUUGGAGAAACUGUUUCAAAAUCAGGGCACAUGUUUCAUUGUUUAUUCUUGUUCGCUUCCCUCUAGAGCUUUCUUUCAAAUAAAAUGUAUUAUUGGGUUAGGGAAAUGUCUGUCAUGUAUGGGGUUAAUCAAUAUCUGUUAUUGGAUUGUGAAGAGACCACCCCCAUGUGGUUCAGCCCCUCGAGGUCCGGAGACCUAUAAAAGUCAGCUACCACGAGGUCCUGUGUUGAUCUUCUGUGAGAGCGCUUAGGACUGAAUGACCUUCCGGAGCGUCUCUGCUUCAGCAAGGACAAGAGGGCUUGAUCAGGCAGAUACGAGGAUCGAACCCACGGUGGUUAGGCACAGUAGUUGGAACUGUAAUUGUGUUUUGUCAAAAUAAAUUUUAGAUGCGCAA